AGAUUUCAACCCGCAAACUUCACUGAAGCAACGCCAUGGAUCCCUACCCUUCUUCUUCCUCUCAAAUCGCGCAGAAGACGUGGGAACUCGAGAACAACAUCGUCUCCGUCGACACUCCGGCGACGUCGUCCAGCUCCGACGCAGCAGCUUCCGAUGCCAUCUUCUACUACGACGAUGCGGCUCAGGCCAAGUUCCAGCAGGAGAAGCCCUGGGCUAACGAUCCUCACUACUUCCGGCGCGUGAAGAUCUCCGCUCUCGCCCUCCUCAAGAUGGUCGUCCACGCUCGAUCCGGUGGCACUAUCGAGGUCAUGGGGCUUAUGCAAGGGAAGACUGACGGCGACGCCAUUAUCGUUAUGGACGCCUUUGCUUUGCCUGUUGAAGGGACUGAGACUAGGGUUAAUGCCCAGGCUGAUGCCUACGAGUAUAUGGUUGAUUAUUCCCAGACCAACAAGCAGGCGGGACGGCUAGAGAAUGUUGUGGGGUGGUAUCAUUCACAUCCUGGUUAUGGAUGCUGGCUCUCUGGUAUCGAUGUGUCAACCCAGAUGCUAAACCAGCAGUUUCAGGAGCCCUUUCUGGCCGUUGUCAUUGAUCCAACUAGGACGGUAUCGGCUGGGAAGGUUGAAAUCGGAGCCUUCAGGACAUAUCCCGAGGGAUAUAAGCCUCCAGAUGAUCCAGUUUCCGAAUACCAGACCAUUCCUCUGAACAAAAUUGAGGACUUUGGUGUCCAUUGCAAGCAGUAUUAUUCUCUAGAUAUCACUUACUUCAAGUCAUCCCUCGAUUCCCACCUCUUGGAUCUUCUGUGGAAUAAAUACUGGGUGAACACACUUUCUUCUUCACCUCUCUUGGGCAAUGGGGACUACGUGGCUGGGCAGAUUUCCGAUUUAGCUGAAAAGCUGGAGCAAGCAGAGAAUCAGCUGGCUCACUCUCGAUUUGGACCCUUGAUCGCACCUCCCCAAAGGAAGAAAGAAGAAGAAUCACAGCUUGCUAAAAUCACCAGAGACAGUGCUAAGAUUACUGUGGAACAGGUCCAUGGUCUAAUGUCACAGGUUAUCAAGGACAUCCUUUUCAAUUCGGUGCGACAGUCGAGUAGGUCUCGUGCAGAGACAUCGGAGCCGGAGCCAAUGGUGGAGACCUGAGUGACUUUGGUGCAACAUCUUUUGUUGCUUAUCUUUCAUGUUAGGUGAGAAGAAUAGCAAACAGAAGUAGCUGAGUUUUCCUAACUUUACCAGGCUUAUGUAAAUUCUUUUUGUCAGCUCCAUUUCUUUCAUCAAUUGCUUCGGUUGUGAACUGGCUUGAUCAUUGGAAAUGCUUGUUAAUGGUGAAUCAUGGGAGCCUGUCAUGCCCCCUAUUUCUUGUCUAAUUAGUGUGAUGCCAUCUACUGGUUCUGCAAGUAAGCAUUUGGAGGCCAUUAGAUCUACAAAAGAGUAGACUCCUUUACAAAUGUUUGUAGGACAUUAGAUCAAUGAAGGCAGGACAUU